AUGGGGGUGUGGUUGCAGUACUAUGCAUUCGACGUUAUUGGAGAAAUUAAUUUUUUCAAAAAGCUAGGGUUUCUGGAGGAAGGACGGGAUAUAGAUGGGAUGAUUCAGACCAUCCAACGAAUCCUCAUUUAUGCUGCUUUGUGUGGCCAGAUUCCCGAAGUGCAUUAUUUGCUGCUUGGGAAUCCACUCAUCUCAUUUUUCAUGCCGAGUAUGGACAAAUGGGACCAAGUCCUUCAGUUCACAUUAAAAACAAUGAAUUCCCGCUCGAUGUCCAAUCUCAAUGGGGAAAAGGCCGAGGACAAGCAGAAUGAUGGCAAGGAUAUGCUUUCUCGUUGGAUGAAGAUUCACAAAUCAAACUCCGAAAAGCUUUCUACUCUGGACAUAAUUGUGCAUCUUUCGGCAAAUGUUUUUGCUGGAUCUGAUACAACUGCUAUUGCUCUACGAGCAACUCUCUAUCUUCUCUUGCAUCACCCAGUGGUCAUGGACAAGGUUCAAGCAGAAAUUUCUAGUGCAGCAUCCGAUCAGAAGCUCAGUGAUAUAAUAUCUUACCGCGAAUCGGUAACACAUCUACCAUAUUUGGGCGCAGUACUUAAAGAGGCCAUGCGACUGCAUCCAUCUGUCGGACUGAUCCUAGAACGUGAAGUACCAGAAGGUGGGGCACUCAUCAGUGGGAAGCAAAUUCCAGCAGGAACUAUCGUGGGCAUCAAUGCGUGGGUAUUGCACCAAAAUAGUCAAAUAUUCCAAGACCCAGAGGCAUUUCUACCAGAGAGAUGGCUUGAUAGUCCUCCGGAUGCUUUAAGAGAGAUGGAAAGGACUUUUUUCUCAUUCGGAGCCGGAUCACGAACGUGUCUUGGAAAAAACAUUUCUCUCUUAGAGAUGCACAAAAUAGUACCUCAGCUACUACGGGAUUUUGAAAUCAGACUACAUAGCCCAGAGAAAAGCUGGACUACAAAAAACACCUGGUUUGUUCAGCAGCAAGAUUUCAUCUGCGACAUCAGAGAAAGAAAUAACAUGGCAUGA